AUGACUUCAGCUUCCCUGUAUUCUCUGAACUCCCCAUUAUCGGUACCGCCAAUGUAUGUCCCGCCCAUGUUGGCGCAAACUUCACUGUCAAUACCACCUCUAUCCGCGAAAAUCGAUUAUUCACCGGCUGCUUCUGGGUUGAUAACGGGUGAGUUCCCAGUCAGCGAGAUCCCUUGCCCGUACGCCGGAGUGCCUUCCCUACAUUCGCAGUAUGCAGUUCAACCUCCUUUCGGAGGGGCACCAGUUCUUUAUCAUCCUUCACCGACAGCGCCCAUGGCGGGAUAUCUAUCAUCUUCGUUCGCCACUCAACAGGCGCUACUGAAUGCACAGGUUGCCUCUUCGAUACUCCCGCCCUACUAUGCCACACCAUCGCCGUCUCCUUUAUAUUCUCCUUCGCCCUCGCUGGACGGUAAUACAGAAGGACUCCAUGCAAAACUAUUACAUCAGCAAUCAAUGUACAAAGCAGCACCCUUAGGGUUCCUCGGGCCCCUACCAGGCACCACAAUGAUGGGGGGUAGUUUCCAGUCGGUGACUCCUGCUACUCCGGAAGUGACUCCGAGCCCGGCACCGCCGACUCCGACGCUUCAGAAGCCCACCCCCACAAAAGCGAUGCCUGGCAACAACCCGUUUGGGGUUGACUACAUCUUCGCCAACUCGAUAUCACCUCUGAGUCAGGUGCCGGUGAAACGAGAAUUGAUGAGCCCGGUGAUCAAGCGAGAAGGUCCUUCGCCCUCCUCAGCGCAUACUUCGAGUUCACAUGGAUCGAUCAUUCAGCCUACACCAGUUAUCGUCAAGUCCAAGCACGAAAUGCCCGCGAAACCCAAGGCAAUCCUAGCCAAACCCCAGCCCGUCAUGGCGACUGCCCUGGGUUACCCAUUCAGACCCUUGAAGAUGGAGCAUCCGCAUCCCUUCAGUUAUCAUCCCUAUGCAAGCGCGGCUCCCUUCACCUCGAUAACUCCCUCAUCGAUUCAAUCAUCGCAACGCCAUAGUCACUCGAUGCCUUUGAGACUACCGGAUCCGACUCCUGGAUCUUUCGAGAGUCAUCUCAGUUCUCUAUCCAAGGUCAUCACGGCGACGUUCGGUCAGGCCGAGCAGAUGAGUAUAAAUCAUCAGAAACUGGCACAGAUUAGUCAGCAGAGUGUGAUGGCCGCAGUCGCGCAACAGCAUAAGGAAAUGGAGCGCCGUAAGGAGCUCAUCAGAGAAAAAGAGAGAAGGGAGCAACGGAAUAAGGAGCAACGGGAAGUCAUUGUAAUCAAGGAAGAGAGUCAAGACAGCUUUCAGAAAUUGGAUCUCUUCAGAACGACAUCGUCUGCCUCGAGUUCGAGCACUUUAGUGGCGACAGAUCAAGGCAGAGCGAGUGUACCUUCAAGUCUGGUGGACAAGGGGGACAACAGCAAGCCUUCGUCGCCUUCGCGGAUCGCCACACCGGGUCCUCUCGACUCGAGUCAGUGCCGGAAGAGAAAAAAGCCUUCGAUACUCCAGAUCCGAGAGAAGGACGCAACAGGGAUGGGCAACAAAGAGUCAAAGAAGGACGUCUACUCUUUUGAAAGCGAGGGCGAUGAGACCGGUGGCACCAAGAGCGGCGCCGUCUUGCCGUCGUUCAAAAGCAAAGCGUUCGCCUCAGCGGCCCACAGGAAGCGAACGGUAGUCGCCGAUGAGGUGGCGCAAGCGAAGUUCCCCUCGAUCACGGAAUCCUGCGCCCGAGCAACGGUAUAUACGCGUAAGGGAGCGUACGACAUGUUCGAUUUCCUAGCAUCGCGACAUAGAAAACCGCCGAGGGAUGAAGAUUCCGAUGAAGACUCUUCCGAUGAAGAGGGAGGGGAAGAGGUUUCGCAGCGCCAGAGGAGAAUUGACAAGGAUCUUCAUAUGGUCAUGCAAUUUUACUCCCUCAAAGACACUGCCCGCCAAACCGUGGGCGUCUUCAGAUCGAAAAUACAUCGCCGAGGUGUAUUUGCCAAGAGAGCUAUUGAUGCCGGGGAAAUGGUCAUCGAAUACUCCGGCGAAUUGAUCCGAGCUGUCUUGACGGAUAAGCGAGAGCAAUUGUACAAGGCCCGAGGAAUCGACUGCUACAUGUUCAAGAUUGACGAAGACGAGGUGGUCGAUGCGACCAUGCACGGAAACGCGGCCCGCUUCAUCAACCACUCCUGUGAUCCAAAUUGCUAUUCUAAGUGUAUCGAAAUAUUUGGGAAGAAGCACAUAGUCAUCUACUCUCAAAAACGAAUCAAGGUCGGCGAGGAGUUGACAUACGAUUACAAGUUCCCGAAAGAAGACGUCAAAGUUCCGUGUACCUGCGGCGCCAGAAAAUGUCGCAGGUACCUAAACUAGACAACGCAACUGAGUGACUGGUCGUCCACAAGACGAUGUUUCAAUUCCCAAAAGUCG